GUACUCUUUUUGAAAAAAUAAACAAAUUCAAUUCCAUUCAACAGGGAAGUCGAGUUGUGGAAGCCAUCAAUCGUAGGAACUUUUGGCUUCGCGAACGGUGAAAGAGAUUUCCUGAUUUAUAUUAUUACAGACUCAAAGUCAUGGUUCAUUGUUGCGUACCCGGAUGUAAAAAUACGCAUCAUCAUAAAAACAAGAAAGAUGAAUGGAGCGGUCAAGAUUCUCGAAACUAUUCCCUCCAUGAUCUGCCGAGUGAAGAUCGAAUGGACGUGCGAGAACUGUGGAUAAUGGCUAUAAACAGAACUACCCUACCAAAAGAUGUUGCAGUGUGUUCUGAUCAUUUCACAGAGGAUUGUUUUGAUGAGAAGUGGGAAGAGUAUAAACGAAAGUACGGACCAACCAAAGUUAAAAGAAAGUUGAAACUCGACGCCGUACCUACGAUAUUUCCUGGCAGGAUUUUCAUUCACGAAAAAGUGCAGCGAAUCAAAGAGAACUGGAAGAACAAAGUUUUGCAGAAACAGCUCGAAAUGGAGCGCUUGAGGCUAGAACGCGAAUACAAGGACAGGUUUAAGCUUACGCAAACUGAGUGCACAUGCAAGUGUCGUUGUAAGCUAAGGAGGAAGCACUUCACUCAACAAGUUAAUUUUAAUUUCAAAUUCAUGAACGAUGUCGGGGUGCAAUUCCCAACAGACAUCACGCAGAUGGUGAAAGACGAUCACUCCUACACACAAGGUAAAAACAAAACAGGGAAGGUAAUUAACACUAGAUCGAGCGCUGCUGCUAGAGCUAAGCAGAAGACAUCGACUGAUAAUUCUCCAGUUAAAGCAAGCACCGACACUGCUACUGAUACAUCAGAUAUCGAAACCAGUCUAAAGAGGAAGCUGGAUGAGAGUCCCAAGAAGGAAAGUUCUACGGAGAUUACGGAAAAGGAGUCCGACCCCAAGAAGUCGAAAGUUGACGAGACAGAAAAAGAAGACGAUGAUGAAGAAGAAGAAGAAGAAGAACAGGAGGAGGAAGAGGAGGAGGAGAUACAAGAUGAAGAUUAUAUUCCUGAAAAUGAAAAGCUGCAAUUGGACGAUGAGGAGUCUGGUAAAAGUGACAAAAGUAACUAGAUGCAUUUUUAUGGCGAAGCCUGUGCAGUAUAUUUUUAAGAAUAUCUCUAUCCUAUAGUAUUUUAAGGUUAUAGAAAACAUUAGAACUGACUUUUCUUGUAACCUAUGUCUGUGUUUGUAUGUUUCUAAAAUUGAGAAUAGUGAAUGUUAUGGUGUCGUAUACCAUGUUUUCUUUUACUUUUAAUAUCUUAUUAAUCUAAUUCUCCAGAAAUUAAAAUUAAUCUUAGUUUAAUUUAUUGUUAUAAAAAUGUAUUAUUAAAAGUUCCAAGCUCCCUCCCUUUUUUUCUUUUAUUUUUAUUUACUGCAUACAAAAUAUAGACGAGUGGUUUUUCGUUUCUCACAUUUCUUGUUUUUCACAUUUUCUGUUUUUUUCAUGUGAACAGAGUUGUCGGUUCCAUCUGACUCCCAGAAAAAGUUGGUAAUUCUUCAGAAUUUAUAUGCAGUUCUCUUAUACGCUUUUCCUUUUUUAUAUAAUAAAACCAAAACCUGGUCAUUAUUUUUUUCUCUAUUCUUAACGAACCUUUAUUUUUAACCUGAAAUCCCAGCCUUAUGGAUCAUAGUCUAAAAAAACCCGUGUAUUUUAUCCAUUCAAAAACCUAUACACAAAUUGCGUCAUUUAUAUGAAGUGUCAUUAACUCAACUAAAAGGUGUACAUAUUUUGAACGUUUUUUUUUUCGACAUUGUUACGACAACUAAAGAAUAAUAUAGUUUUACUGUGGUA